AUGGGUAAGCCUCUUGCUGUUUAUAAUUCACCAGAUGUUGAAAACCAACAGUUUUUGGUAGACCUCUCUAAGGAACGCUACAAUACCACUAACGGGAAGACCACCGGCCCCAGCGCAUACGUGUUGGAGGCCGGGCAAAUUGACGUUGACAAGCCUUCGGAUCCUAAACUCAAUGAGGAAGGAGACUUUACGUAUCUAAGUAAACUGCGGAUGCAAUUAACGGGUUUACAAGACGACAUCAACGAAUACCUCACCCAUCGCAUGGAACAGGCCAAGAACAAGAAAUUGAAACAAGCUGAUGAACAAAGAAUCAAGGAGGAGAUCACGAAGUUACUAGACGGAGGUGAUGAAGAUGACGAAGAGCAAGAGGGAGAGAGUAUUGCAUAA